AAAUAGUUCUGAGAUCACUUCCUUCCUGGCAUUGGAUUCCAAGGCUUCAACCUACAGAAAAAACUGAAAUUUUUUAAAAAUCUACAUUCAUCUGCAGAGAUAUAAUUAGUUAUAUUACAAAAACAUCUCAAAAUGUCUGGAAGAGGAAAACCUGCUGGAAGAAAAAGAAAAGCUCAGACAAACCUGACAGAAAAUGAGGAAAAAAGGCAAAGAGAUGAAGUUCCAUCUGACCAUGAUGUGCCAGAAUUUAUCCAACUGCUGGCUUCUGACAAAUCAGAAAAUACCAACAAAAGAGGUAAAUGUGUUGACUUCCAAACAUUGAUAGAUGAAUCAAAUAUUUUCCCAAACAGUUCUUCAACUCAGGUCUAUGAAUUAAAUAGGCCUGAAAUGAUAAGGUGUGGCGGGGAUUCCUUGGGUAUUCAUGUCCCUGAACAAAUACAAAUAAAAAUCAAGCAAAAUGAAUACAUUAACAUUGCUGUUCUUCUCAAAGGAGCUGUAGAACUUAAUAACCAGUUCACAAAUGCAGUUUUGAGUGUUGAUGAAAGUGGAACAAUUGUUUCUGCUCCAAGGGCCAAUAGCGAAAAAAUACCAUCCAUCGAAAAAUGGACAGAUGCUUUUUUGAUUUAUUCCAGCAUCUAUCUCCAGGCCCAUCCUGAUCACACUCAGCAUAUGCUUAAUUAUAUGUUUACAAUAAGGGAGGCCGCUGCCAAAUUUGGGGGCACGGGGUGGCGCACAUAUGACGAGCAGUUCCGUCUGCGUCAGUCCAAGUACUUCUCUCCAUGGUCAAAAAUUAAUGCUGACCUUUGGCUCAGAUGUUUUUCAGGCAAUAUUGGUGCCCAAGCAAAUCGGCCAUUUUCCAUUCAACCAAAUCUAUCACCUCCAUGCAUUGACUUUAACAAAGGCUUCUGUCAAUGGAACAACUGCAGGUUCCGACACGUCUGUGCAGUAUGUCAAAGCCCAAAGCAUGGCUCUUGGUCUUGUUAUAUGAAGGAACCACAUUUGCAUCCACAGCAAACUCAACCCCACAAACCCAAUAAUUCCUUUCGGGGAUCUUACAGGGGAGCAUUCAGGUUUCAAAGGGGCCAAGGUCAGCGGUUCAGAGCUCCAAAGCAAUAAUUUCAUGCAAUUAGCACCCUCACCAAUAAACGUUGAUAUUUUACAGGCUGAAUCUUAUGAUUACGAUACUACAGAAUCUCAAUUUUUAGUAAAUGGUUUUAGAAAAGGGUUCUCAUUAAAGUAUGAAGGCCCUCGCAUAGCAA